AUGGAUACCAUGGGCUUCAUUCGCGCACAGCGGCAAAAUCUUCCCAUCGUUCCAACAAAGGAGACCUGUGCCGGCAAAACCUUCAUCAUUACAGGGUCGAACUCUGGCAUUGGCUUUGAGGCUGUCAAGCACCUUGUCAACCUUGGGUCGUCUCGUGUCAUUAUCGCUGUCAGAUCCAUCGAGAAAGGUCAAGAUGCAAAAGCUCGCGUCGAUGCCUCCACCGGCAGACCGGAGGUCACCGAGGUUUGGCAGCUCGACAUGUCAUCCUAUGAAUCUAUCCGAGCCUUUGCCAAGAGAGCAUCUUCGGAGCUUAGUCGUCUUGACGGAUUAGUUGAGAAUGCCACUGCAGCCCUGGAUAGGUGGACCAUAGCUGAAGGCAUGGAGACAAGCGUCACUGUCAACGUCAUCGGCACAGUGAUGCUAACACUGCUUCUUCAUCCAAAAUUGAUGGAGACGACGAAGACUUCAGGCUCGCAACCCCAUAUCGUGAUUGUUACCUCUGGACUUGGUUUCACGCAGCCGGACUUUCUGAAGUACGCAGACAAGGACAUCUUUGAUGUCUUGAAUACUCAAGGGGAAUCUCCCAUUGAGAAAAGAUACUCAGUUACUAAGCUGGUUCAGAUACUUGCCAUCCGACAACUCGCAACCAUGCUACCAGCGUCACGCACCGGCGUCGUCUUGAACCUACUCAACCCCGGGCUUUGCAACACCGGCCUAGCAAAAUAUGGCAGAAUGACCCUACGGCUUCAGAUUCGGAUGUUCAACGCCCUGAUUGGAAGAACUCCGGAGAUGGGGAGCCGCACGAUCUUGCACAGCAUGUUUGGUGGUGCAGAAAGCCAUGGGCAAUAUGUCUCAGAUUGCGAGAUCAAGGAUCACUGGGUACCCGAGUGGGUAAAGAAUGAGGACGGACGAAAGUUUCAGAACAUGGUAUGGACUCAGUUGGCAGCACGACUAGAACAGAUUGAGCCGAGAUGCGUGGAAAAGCUGGUUGCUUGA